CGUUGACCCGGAGCCCGGCUUCAUCCCGGGCGGCGGCGCUGCUAGGAUUGGGCAGCAGCGACACACCGGCCCCACGCGCACCCACUGCCCCCGUGUGCGCGCCGCCGAGUCCUCGCGCGUCGGUUCCUCGAUCGAUUCGCAGAUCCCCAACCUAGGCGGCUUUCCGGGCUCCCGCGCCUGGGCACAAGUGUAAGCUGUAACCAUGACUACUGAAGUUGGCUCUGCCUCUGAAGUGAAGAAGGAUUCUGACCAGUUGGGAGCAGGUACAACCAAGGAGCAAGCUAAAGAGGCGGCAGAAAAUCAGCAGAAUCAGUCAUCUAGUCAAGAGGAGGAAAAAGGCUCCCAGCCAUCUCCUGCAGCUGAAAGCCAAAGUGGUCCCCGCCGCCAGAAGCGAGAGAAGGAUCGAUCUGAGAGUAGAGGGAUUUCUCGAUUCAUACCCCCAUGGCUUAAGAAACAGAAGUCCUAUAACUUAGUGGUGGCCAAAGAUGGAGGAGCUAAAACUGAGCCUCCUCAAGGUGUCUUGGAAGAACAAGCCUUGGACAAAGAGGACUCCCUUCCUGAAGAAGAAAGAAAGGCCACGGGCAAUACUGAGGAAGUGGCCCAGAGGACACACCUGGAGGUGAAGGUGGAUGUCCGUGAAGACCAGCCCGCCGAGGGCCACGCUGAGACGCAGCCUGCUGAAAAAGGAAGGAAGGAGAGAGGAGAGGAGAAGGUUAAGGAAACACAGGAAGACAAAUCAGAAGGAGAAGCAGCAAACAGGGAGACGAAGGAAGUGCAGACCAAUGAGCUGAAAGCAGAGAAUGACUCUCAGAAAGCCAGCAAGAAGACCAAAACUGUGCAGUGUAAAGUGGUCCUCCUGGAUGGCACUGAGUACAGCUGUGACCUGGAGAAACGUGCCAAGGGACAGGCGUUGUUUGACAGUGUGUGUGAACAUCUCAAUCUCUUGGAAAAGGACUACUUUGGACUUUUGUUUCAGGAAAGUUCCGAGCAGAAAAACUGGCUAGAUCCUGCAAAAGAAAUAAAGAGACAACUGCGAAAUCUUCCCUGGCUAUUCACUUUUAAUGUGAAAUUUUAUCCUCCUGAUCCUUCUCAACUGACUGAAGACAUCACCAGAUACUUCUUGUGCCUUCAGCUGCGGCAGGACAUCGCCUCUGGCCGCCUGCCUUGCUCCUUUGUGACUCAUGCCCUUCUGGGAUCCUACACACUGCAGGCUGAACUUGGAGAUUACGACCUGGAAGAGCAUGGCAGUGUUGACCUCAGUGACUUCCAGUUUGCCCCCACCCAGACUAAGGAACUGGAAGAGAAGGUGGCUGAGCUGCAUAAAACCCAUAGAGGCCUGUCUCCAGCACAAGCGGAUUCUCAGUUCUUAGAAAACGCAAAGCGGCUUUCCAUGUAUGGUGUGGAUCUGCACCAUGCCAAGGACUCAGAAGGUGUGGACAUCAAGCUGGGUGUGUGUGCUAACGGGCUUCUCAUUUACAAAGAUAGACUGCGAAUCAAUCGUUUUGCAUGGCCGAAAAUCCUGAAAAUUUCCUAUAAACGCAGUAACUUCUACAUUAAAGUUAGACCAGCAGAGCUGGAGCAGUUUGAGAGCACCAUUGGAUUCAAGCUGCCAAACCAUCGGGCAGCGAAAAGGCUAUGGAAAGUAUGCGUGGAGCAUCACACUUUCUACAGGCUUGUGUCUCCAGAACAGCCACCAAAGGUCAAGUUCUUGACCUUGGGGUCCAAAUUCCGCUACAGUGGCCGCACCCAAGCACAGACACGCCAGGCAAGCACCCUCAUAGAUAGGCCAGCACCACAUUUCGAGCGCACCUCUAGUAAACGAGCCUCUAGGAACUUAGAUGGAGCUCCAGUUGUGGACCAAACGCCUGGGAAGGAUUUUCCUGGUGCUGCAGGGGCAGUCUCAGCAUACGGCCCUGUGGCUGGUGGUGCUGCCGUGGUACAGGAGGUCCAAAGCCCAAUCAGAGCCCCGCAUUUGCAGCUCUCCGAAGGAAAGAAAAAUUCCUUGAGAGUAGAAGGGGAUAAUAUUUAUGUCAGACAUAGCAAUUUAAUGUUGGAGGACCUGGAUAAAGCCCAGGAGGACAUACUGAAACAUCAGGCUAGCAUUAGUGAACUCAAGCGCAAUUUUAUGGAAUCCACACCUGAGCCGCGCCCUAACGAAUGGGAAAAACGACGUAUCACACCUCUGUCCCUACAGACUCAAGGGAGAAAAGGAGACCAUCUUUUCAAGGAUAUUUUAUCCAUGAAGGAGAAGUACCUGGUGGGAUCCACACGGACAGUUGAAGAAAAAGCUCAGGAGGCGGAUAAGAGCCUAGAAGAGGAGAUAACAUCCAUUUUGUUUAGUGGAAAGGGGUUUUCUGAUAGCAUGAAAGCCACCUUCCCUUCAGCCACCACUUGGACAGCAGAGGGCGCAGUUGUGAACUCUAAUGCACCUUCUAGAGAAAAGCUUUCCUCCUCCGGGCCCUUCUCACAUUUGCCUGAGACACGUGCUCCCGCGUCAGAAGGGCCUUGCACUGGAGCCAGGGAUGCUGUUAAGAGUUCACAUGAGACUCUGAAUGUAGUGGAGGAGAAACAGCGGGCAGAGGUUGGGAAAGAUGAAAAAGUAAUCACAGAAGAAGUGAAUGGUAAAGAGCUAUCACCUGGGAGUGGUCCUGGGGAGAUGCGUAAGGUGGAGGCUGUGACACACAAAGACUCCACCUCCCUGUCUUCUGAGAGCAGCAGCAGCAGCAGCAGCAGUGAGAGUGAGGAGGAAGAUGUGGGCGAAUACCAGCCCCAGCAGCGUGUGGCCGAGGGCACCAUCAGGGAGGAGCAGGAGGAGUUUGAUGAAGAGGCGGAGGAGACGCCUGGCCAAGUCACCAAGGUAGUGCAGAGGAAGGAAGCGGCACCCGAAGCCAGCCCAGAUGGACAGGCGGGGGCCGCUGGAAGCCCAGGAGACACAGAGACCCAGGACCAUGUAGUUGCCCCCAAGGGAUCUGGAGAAAGGAGUGUAAAUGAAGGCACAAUGAAGCAGGAGGGGAGAGAAGAAACAGAGGAAGAGCAGCAGAGAGUCAACGGAGAGGUGUCUCAUGUUGACAUUGAUGUUUUGCCACAAAUUAUUUGUUGUUCAGAGCCACCAGUGGUAAAAACAGAGAUGGUAACAAUUUCUGAUGCCUCACAAAGGACAGAAAUCUCCACCAAGGAAGUCCCCAUUGUCCAAACUGAGACCAAAACCAUCACUUAUGAGUCUCCACAGAUUGACGGUGGGGCUGCUGGUGAUUCGGGCACGUUGCUGAGCGCACAGACCAUCACAUCUGAGUCCAUGUCAACAACUACAACCACACACAUCACCAAGACUGUAAAAGGUGGAAUAUCUGAAACGAGAAUUGAGAAGCGCAUUGUGAUCACAGGUGAUGCAGAUAUCGACCAUGAUCAGGCCCUGGCUCAGGCAAUCAGGGAAGCCCGAGAGCAGCACCCUGACAUGUCUGUCACGAGAGUGGUUGUGCACAAAGAAACAGAGCUGGCAGAGGAAGGGGAAGAGUGACCAAGAAAGUCGUUUUUAAAACACAUUCAGCUUCAUGAAGAAUUUUGACCAUUUCAAGACUUAAUGCCACACCACUACUCCAGCAAAUUUGUGCUACGACUGGUAACAACGACCAGAAACCUGAAGAAUUAAAAUGCCAACACAAACCUUACCUUAACAGCUCUGGUCUAUACUGUUCCCAUGUAUUUUUAAUAUGUUACUUUUGUUUUAUAACCACUUCUAAAUAUUCUUGGUUCUUUCUACCCCUCCCCCCAUGAAGGGGUUUUGUUGUUUUCUAUUUCCUUUGUGUAUAACUACCUGCUUUUUAUGACUUAUUUGCUCAUAUGACAGUGAACAAAGCCAGCGUGGGCUGGUGAGGUGCUGUUCACUUGAACAGGUGCUGUUGUGUGGAAAGGAAACUCUGUGACUAAUUUAGAUGGCAGUUUUCCUCCUUCCAGAUUUCUUGCCAUUGAAUUCUUACAGUAAAUAUUUAGAGUCUUCAGAUUUCAGUACAUGUACUGUCUGAGAAAAUAUUAAUACCAAUUAAAAACAUUUCUUACAUCUGGAAAAUUUUCUAAUGUUUGAGAAUUUCACUGGGUUUUUUAAAAUAUUGAACCCUUUUGACUUUCCAGUCCUGUGACUUUUUACAUUCUGUAGGAAGUCAGAGACUCUCCAGACUGGAGAACUGUGAAAUUCGCUGACCACGCACUGUGUUCCAAGAGCCUGUGGCAGUGGAGUGCCAGUGCUUCUCAAACACAGGCUUUGGUAGCAUUCCCGGGAGAAGAGAGGGGACACAGUGGUCCCUUCCCUUCUACUAAAACAGCCAGGCAGCUUAAAACCAUAGUGCUUUCUGUCUUAAUGUUUCCAAGUUCCAGAUCUUUCCAUUAUCUGAACACAUGAGUAGCACCCUUGCUUUUUAUUAAAUGUCCUUGUCUAUAUGUAAAACUGACCUUUUGUUACUGAGCAGAUGUAUCUCUGUCAGAAGGCUUGAUGACCGUACAGAUGGGAGGUGUUGGGGAGAGGAGCAGGGUUUACGGUGGUGUUGGGCUGAAUGUAAGAGAGCUAAGCCAUUUCAAGCUGACACCAGAGACCUGAUAGGGAUGUAUUAACUGUAUUGAACAUUUUCUCCUUGCUUUUGACCCUAUAUAUAGUUAAGAUGCCAGGUUAGAUUUAUAGCAGCUUCAAGUUGUAUUAAAUGAUAUUUUGCUUUCUGUAAUACUGUUAUAAAAUAAAGUUUGUUUAUUCUCUAAA